GCUUUAGCUAGCAGCAAGGCAUUCACUGUGGAUUUUAGAGGUCCCCUCCGACCCCCAAAGAUCUCACUGGACAGAGGCGAGUCCCCUUAAGGGGAGGGGCACCCUCACUCCAUCACCUCAGACCUGAACAGCUGCGACCACAACCAACCUAGCACUACCGUGGGAAGGAUAGACAGACAGACAGGUUAGAGGCAUCCCCUCCCCUUGCCCCCGUGCCUCCCUUUCAGUGAUUUAAAUGCCCACUGGUUCAAUCCACACCGUCAAGUUCGUAUUAAAUUUAAAACAGGCUUUUUUGUGCCGGCCGCCACAGGCAGGGAGCCCGCUCCCUGGCUCUUCAGCACCCGCCCGCGGAGAAGGCCGUGCUCCAUUUGCUUUCAUUUUCCUUCUCCCCCUGAAAUGGGCUCAUUUCACCUCUCCGCUGCCCUCUCCCCUCCCCCCUCCCCGGUGCCCCUCUACUUUCCCCCUUUCUCUCUCCUGAUUCCUCUUUGUUGGGAAAAACACACCCACACACAACUCCUCCUAGCUCAGGCCUGUGCUGGAAGCAGAAACCGAAUUCUCCUGGCUUUCCGCGAGGAGACCGGCGUACUGCACCCGCCCCAGGCUCAGCAUCCGGUUGCCUACUUGCCGCUGGCCUCCGCCCAAGAGCCCACUCCGCUCCCGUCUGCGGCCAAAGUCCACACGCAAUCCACCUUGUCCGUGCUCCCGCUCCCGGCUCGGAUACCCCUCCUUGCCAAGGCGCCCGCCAAACCGCACUCGGGCUGCGGCCCUGCCCCGGACUGCAAACCUUCCCUGCACGGGACCCACACAAAGCCCAGUGACCUGACUCUCCCACCCUCAGCCCCUAGUCCCCAGCCGCCGCCGCCCUUCACCUGUUCCCGAGAAAGGCUCCAUCUCCAAGCCGAGGCAAGGCUGUGGGCCCCGGCGGAGGGUGCAAGGGAGCUGAGGUCCCAGGCAAGCCACAGAGGAUCCACGGAUCCAAGCCAGAGACCCCGCAGCCAGUGAGAUAUCUCAGACACUAAGCCUCUCCUUGGCGAGCUUUCCUUCUCCUCCUUCUCCCGCAAGUCUUAAACACUCUCACACCGAGAGUUCAGCUCUAUAAAUCCUGCUCCUCUUUCCCAUAUCAUAAUUAAAAAAAACCAGUAGGGGAGGUUUUAACUUUUAUUGCGAUUUCUGGAGUUGGGCUGCGGAACAUAUAUUAAGUUUACGCUUAUGCGCUCUCGGCGGGGAGGGUCCUUUAAGAAAUAAAAAUCCAUCUUAAUAUCCACAGACGAGAGAGAUAAUUUUUUCCCUCCUCUUCAUGCUGUUUCUUCUGAAGACUCCCUUCCAGCGAAGCGAAUAAAUAACCACCAUCUCCUUAACCAUGAUCCACGGCCCCAGGGCCUGGCGGGGGUAGACUCUGGCCAUCAGACUGGCCCUCACCUUGGCCCUAUGAGAACUCACCCCAUUUCCCAGGGUUUGGGGAGGCAGACACCCAGACCCAUGGCUCUGUAGCCAUCGCCCCAUAAGCCCACCAGCUCUGAAACAGAAACGGGGACAGAGAGGCCCAAAGCGCAGAAGUCAUUCAUUGGUGAAUUUCGGCCCAUAAGGGACACUGUCUCCAAGUCAGGCACUCCUAAGCACCCGCCCCUGCCUGGGACUCCCUUCACUCUAACUGGUCCCACGCUUCUGACAGCCUGAGACUGCUAGGGGCUCCCAAACCAGGGGAGCCCCUGCCUGCCUUUCACCAGCCGGCCUUCCUGUCUGAAAACCUCCCUAUUUCCCUGGAAGCCAUAGAGAGAUUUGAGCACUUCCCUCCAAGGAAAGAGAGGAAAGAGAUUUUUUUUCUCCUACAAAGGGCUGGGGGACAGACAGAAAAACAGACUGACAAAUUCAGCUGGGGAGAAGGGCUCUAUUCCCAU